AUGAAGUUCUCCAUUGCUGCUAUUGCCGGUCUAGCCAGCGCUGUCAGCGCCAGUCUCCCUGCUGCUUUCACCCUCGUCGCUGAUGGAGGCUACACCGUUCUGACCGAUGGCCAAAACCUCUGGGUCGGCGCCAACAGCACCACCCACCCCAUUGCCAUCCUCCGCUCCGGUUCCAGCGGUGCUGUCACAUACACCUCACAAUCCGCUCCCCCAACUGCUUGGCAGAACCUGUACAUCAUCCCCGAUGAAGUCAGCCCUCCUGCCCUGACUGUUCCUCACUCUGGUGCUACCCCCCGCGGUGCCAACGAGACUGCGUUCGGCGUCAACAAGGAUGGCCUUUUCGCCCACGAUGGCAAGGCUUGGUUCGCUAUUGAUGGUGGUCACUACAGCCAGCAGGACCCUAAGGAGAUCUUCUGGUAUGGUGCUCACAAUGCUGAGUAUGGUAGCAUCAACCUCUAUGUUAAGGAGUGCAGGGGUUGUUAG